UGGGUUACGUACGAGUUUAAAAUCACACGUAUAUUUACUUUUGAUUCUAUUAUUCUGAUAAAAAAUAUUAAUCAUGGGAGAUGCGGCUGUUUCCGCCCUUGUGAGCGAGGUGGUUGGAAGACUGACUUCUGUAGUUAUCAACGAGUUAGCUCUACUUUGGGGAUUCAAGGAUGACAUUUUGACUCUCAAGGAAGAUUUCAAAAACAUCCAAGCUGUUCUCGAAGAUGCAGAAGACAAACAAAUCAAGGAAAAGACUGUAGAGUUAUGGCUUCAGAGUCUUAGAUCAGCAUCCUUGGAGAUAGAAAAUGUGCUUGAUGACAUCUUAGCUGAAGCUUUGCUACAACGUCUACACAAAGAAAGAGGCAUCAAAUACAGGUGACUGGCGGUGGACUGGCUAGAAGUUGGCAGCUGAACAUAAUCGGGUUUUCUAUGUUUGUAAUGUUUAUAAAAGAAAGAUUGCACUAGCUAGCAAUUAUGUCAUACUUGCAUAGUUAUUGGUUUGUCUUGAUUUGUAUAUCAUGUCCCUGAUAGAAAAAAGCUCUCUCUUUCUCAGUUGCACAGUAAUUCUGUAAAUAAUGUUGUUAAUUCCAUGUAAAGAGUUGUUGAUCUUUGUUUGUAAAAUGUGUGUUGAUACAGUUAAUAACUUGGAUAUGUAUUUAUUAAGACUUUUGAGAAAGUUACUUGAUUCAGAAAACAUA